AUGUUGAUUCUUGAGAAGCUCGCCAGCUUUGAUCUUGAAAACCUUACGGAAAUCAGUCGAUCGACAGGCCUCAUAUCGAAGGUCAUAGAGUUCACAAGUAAUAGAACUAAUAUGACAAAUAUUAAUGAAACGCACCAGAAACUGCUGAAAAGUUCAUCACUGAAGUUGCUGAGAAAACUUGUAAAUACUGAAGGAAAACUUGGUGUAAUUUUGCGUCAGAAGAUUUCAGAACAUCCCUUCCUUUUGAGCAAUCUUGCAGAGAUUUUAGAUGAUGAUGGGAGCAGCCAAGAACUUAUAGAGCUAACAGCAGAAAUCAUAAGAGACAUUGCCAUGGAUGCAAACAGAAGGGAAGAAAUAGGGAAAAUCCGGGUAAUCAUUAGCAGAUUGAUGCAGACAUUUCUUAGCCGAGAUGCAGCCUCAAGUACAGAUUCAGAUCACUUCUUACGAGAGAUAGUUGGGCAAGCACUGGCAGUAUUGGCAAUUGAAAGUGCCAAUAAUUGUUUGAUUAUGUUGGCAGAACCAGAGUAUCUAUUUAUCAAGGAACUGACAUUUAUGAUACAUGGUGAUAGGUGUAGGUAUGUAGCAGCUAGCCUAUUGCGAAGUCUGUGCCUGCAUGCUCGACCUGAGCUCAACCACUCAGAACUGAAAGAUAUAUCCUAUAUAUUGCGAGAGGUCUUGGAAGAAAUAAUGGAUGCUGAAGGGGCAGAACUAGAAGUCCUUGUUGGCCUUAGUUCACAAAUAUGUAAUGUCAUUCCUGAAGAAUUUGUCCGAGAGCUCCAGGAUGGUCUGAUUAUGGAAAGAUUUGUAAAGAAGCUUGUCGAUGCACUCAACGCAAAUAUGAUGCCCACUGGUUAUUGUCCCGGAAUCAGAAGGGCGAUAAUUGAACAUGCUAUAUACAUGAUGGAGUACAGUCCUAGUUAUGCCAGCUAUUUCAACAAAUGUUGGAUGAUGGAAACACUGCUAAUGGUAGAGCGUACACCUUCUAGGGCGGAAAAUUACAGGUUCUUCUUGGGUGAUGCAGGAGUCAUGGAGCAUAACAUUCCUAUCUCUUCUCUUGUGGCCAGAGCAAAAGAGCUCAUGGGGCACGAGUGA